UUGUGACAGGGGAAGUUGGGCCCUUCAUUUUUCCUUCGAUUCCGAUGCGCUAUGGCAGAUCCUAUUUUCUUGUUAAUUAGGCGCUGUUCAUUCUCUCCACUUCAUUACUUACCGCCGCACCUAGAAUUUAUAUUCAUUUGCUUUAAUCGUGUUCGCCUGGUUACAUUCUAAACAGUUACUCACUCAGAAAGGAAAUUAUUACCUCGCUUUGCCAGGGCUUCCGCUUCGCCUUAAUUUCCCCGGAGCCUCGUUUGCUUCCCUCUGCUUUUUUUUCCCCCCUUUCUAGGUUCCCUCGGGCUUGGCCGGGAGCGUGCGUGGGGGCCCCACACUCAGGGACCCACGGAAGGUGCUGCCCGGGGCAGCCCAGACCCAGAAAAAAAAACAACAAGGAGAGAACGGCCAACGCUUUUUCACAGGCCCGCUCUUCUAAUUGUCAUGUGUUUUUAUUCCCUUUUCCUCUUGCUGUUUCAUGCCUCUUUUUGCUCUUCAAAGAGGCAAAGUGGAAAACCAGACAGUUUUUUCCCUUUGGUGGGCAAGACCUGCUCUUGAGCUGCCUGCUUGCACUUUCAAUAUGCAGGCGCUCCUAAAUAUCGCAGAAACUUCCCCCAGUUCUGCCCCGGAGGCAAACCGAGCAGUUAGCCCCUCCUGGGAUCAUCGCUGGUGCUCGUGCCUCACACCCCCCUCUCAGCCUUUCUGGGUGACUUACCCUUCAGCAGGAGACACCCCACGUCUCCCAGCUCGCGGGUCCGGCUCUGAUCUCUCCCGCGGUGCGGGACCCCGUCGCGGUCCGGCUCAAGCAAAAAAUUCCCUGCAGCCAGCACCCAAACACCAGUCAUUACACCCAACCGCAGAUUGGCCGGGUGCAGCCGUUGCCAACGACAGCCCUUUCUCCGGGGAGACGGGUCGCGGCCGGCGACGGGGCGACCACACGCCUCGUUCCUGGGUUCCACGGAACAUCCCGGGGCUCCACGGAGAGGGAGAGGCACCGAGAGAAGCCACAGCUUCACCGCAGCGAGCUUCGGCCGCUGGUUUGUGCCGCCGCUUCGGCUUCGGGCGCGGGGAGAGUCGGGGUGAGGCGGACGGAGGGGAGCUGGGGUGUGGGGAGGCACGCUGCCCUCCCUUUUUACACCCUCUCCAUCCCACGGGCUGCACCCUGCUGCUCCCAGCGCCAGCACGGGCGAGGGGAGAGCCGAGCCGCUCGUCACACGGGUCUGACCUGCGCCCGGCCGUGCCGCCGCGAUUUCAGCCAGCGAGCAGAACACCGCCCGGCCCCUCAGCUGGGAAAGGCUUCGGAUGGCUCCUGGCAGGUUGCGACAGAAGGGUCUGGCUGGCUGUAACCGUGGGACAAGGACUGCGCGUGGGCAGCAGUGCUUGAGCCGUUGGAGGAUGCUUUUGGGGAGAGCAAGCGUUUCCCUCCUGCCCUGUGCCCGGCCGGUACGUUCUGCCGGGGCUGCGGCAUCUCGUCAGACUAUUUUUACAAGCUUACCGAGAAGACC